CUUCUCAAGCAGGAUUGCGUACUAGAUUUCAAGUGCAAUGCAAAUUAAUAUUCGCAAUGAGUACCUGUUUUAUAUUUUAUGCAGUUCCAUUCCGACCUCGAGUUCUUAUUAAUAACAAUUCCAUUUUUGAGAGAUAGAACUUUGCUUAUUAAAUCGUACGACCGCAAAAUUUUUUCUUAACUGAGUGUGAGGCUACAUUCACAAUCGUUGGCAAAAACGGAAAGUACCACCGUGACUUUUUUCCCAGCCUCAAUUAAACCAGUUCCACCGAAUUUCUCUUCUAUCAAAGAAACCGACUUCUUGAACCAGGUACGCAUAGACAACGCAGAUUGUUUAUCGUAACACAGUCUGAAGGACAAUUCGUACUCGUGCGUACAAUGUCACCGAAGUACUCAUUCAACGCACGCGACUUAAUCAAAACCGGAAAAUUUAAACCGGAAACAUUGCUCGAAUUCAAAAAGUGGUGCGAUUGUGAAAAACUACCCGACCUGAACCAACAGCAACAAAUUUUGUUUUUGUCGUGUGCCGAUAAUCUCCAAGAAGCCCAACAAGUCGCCAGGAGGUACUUCCAGUGUAGGAGUGCCGCUCCUGAACUCUUCGCCAACUUGGAUUUAGAGGGAGCAGAUUGUCAACAAGGGUUCUCCGUUUUCGAUAUUAGUCUGGCACCUUGUAGAACGGCGGAUAAUGUUUUGGUAGCUUAUGGAAAAUUAAACGACACGUCCUACUCCAAUUUUCAUCUAGCGCAACUUUUAAAAUUGACUUUGAUGACUUUGGAUUGCGCUUUGAACGACGGACCGGCAGAUGGAUCGAUUGUAUUAAUCGACAUGAAAGGGAUUGGGUUUAUGCAUCUAACGAGAGCGAGGUUGGGUGUUAUCCAGAAAUUCUUCCAGUUUGUUCAAGAAGCGCUGCAAGUUAGAAUCAAGUCGAUUCACAUUUUGAACGCUGUGAAUAUUCUCAAUAACAUACUUUUCAUUAUAAAGCCGUUUAUUAAUAGGGAACUAUACGAAGCGAUACACUGCCACACUCCUGAAAAAACGCACGAAAUUUUUGAGUUUGUAUCUAAGGACUUUGUACCAAAGGACUAUGGUGGAAAUUUACCUUCGCAGCAUUAUUUAGCAGAAAAAACCCACGAAAAAAUGUUAAAACUACAGCCGCUGUUUACCGAUUUAGAAAAACAAACAAAAAUGUACCAUGUAUUAAAAAAAUAA